AUGGAUCCCAUCCAGAAAUGGGACUCAGCAUUAACUUCCGCGUCUUCUCAAGUGACUAUUGUGGAGUCCUCCCAGAAUGGCUCUGCACCUGCUCAUCUCAUAGCCUUAGAACAGCUGAGGAUAGGCCUCCGCAGCCUGCCCCCCACCCCUGGCUCCAGCACCCCCACAUCCUUGGCAGAGGGGAUGCUCCAGCAGCAGUACGUGGAGCCGAAGGGCUUACUGGAGCAUCGCUGGGGAAGGCUGGGUUUCCCUCAGAAGAAAGCCUUCCUGGGCAAGCUGAGGCGCAGGCACCGAGAUCAUAGGUCACCUUACCCAGUAGAAAAGGACACCAGAAUCUUCCGCUCAGGCAACAAAACUCAGAAUUGGUUCCGAUGUGAAUGCCUCUACUGCCAGGCCCGUGGGCAAAGUAUUUCCGGGGAAAGGGAUGGGAGCACCAAUCCUUCCUCCUGGGAUACUCUAGUGCAGGGACUUGGUGGCCUUACCCUCAACCUGGGAGCUGAGAGGCCCGGCCUCCUGCCAGAGGGGGCGCAGCAGCAGCAACAGCAGCAAGCUGGAAAAUCCCUGACUGGUAGGCUAGAUACAACAGGAGGAUCUCAGCACCAUGGAGAUUCGGAAAGCAGGGUGGAGUGGCCUUGCCUGGGACUGGAGCGGGCCGGUGGAGUGCUUUAA